AUGUCCGACCAGGAUUUGAAAAACGCGAUUCUCCGACUAACCGAACUGGUAGUCAACCAACAAGAGCAGAUUCAACUCCUCAAGCGAACCGGUCAAGCCAGCCAACCGGGAAGCGAGAAGAUAAUCGAAUCGUUGGCCACGGGAAUUGAAGAUUUUUACUACGAUCCUGACGGUGGAGUGUUCUUCGACGCGUGGUUUGCUCGCUACGAAGAUGUCUUCAAGGUCGACGGCAAGAAUCUAGACGAUCCAGCGAAGGUGAGGCUACUCUUAAGAAAAAUCGGCACCCAGCUCCACGAGCGAUACGUAAAUAGUAUCCUGCCAAGACAUCCCCGCGAUUUUGGCCUGGACGAAACGGUGAAGAAACUUAAGAAACUUUUUGGUCAUCAAACCUCGCUGUUCAACGAUCGUUACCGUUGUCUUCAGUAUACUAAAAACGAAGCAGACGAUUUUUCAAGUUAUGCUGCCUCUGUGAACAAGCAUUGCGAAGCAUUCCAACUCACCAAGCUCACCGAUGACCAAUUCAAGGCGCUACGUUUUGUUUGCGGUCUACAAUCUCCCCGCGAUGCAGACAUCCGAACUCGAUUGAUCGGCAAAUUGGAAGCUGAAGAGCAUGCUCCGCCAGCAGAUGGCACAAAGCUAACCUUCAACAAUCUAAAGCAGGACACCAAGUUGGUAGAGAAGCCCGUUCCGGAAAAAUCCGUCGUCAACGCUGUUUCCACCAAGCCUGCUAAGGAAAAACAACCGAAAUCUCCGUGCUGGUUUUGCGGUGAUUUACAUUUCGUAAAGGAAUGUUCCUAUCAAGACCACAAUUGCAACAAGUGCAAACGAAAAGGGCAUAAAGAAGGUUACUGCUCAUCCGCUGAAUCAAAAUCAAAGCCAGCAAAGAAGUUCGAAAAACAAAAGUACAAGGCAUUUGUGAAGUCCAAAGGAAUUUCAGUGAAACGCAUCGAUCUUCAAGGGAAGAGGAAAUACGUUACUGUUGGAAUCAAUGGCAAAGAAGCUGUCCUUCAGUUAGAUUGCGCUUCUGAUAUCACCAUUAUUUCUACGCAGACCUGGGAGGCGAUAGGCAAACCAGCCAUCAGAGAAACUGACAUAACCGCCAUCAGCGCUUCCGGAGACAAGAUUAACAUGGCUGGUGAGUUCCUUGCAGACAUAACCAUCCGAAGCGUGACAAAAGCUGGCAUUGUCUAUGUGUCAUCAAGCCCGGAUUUGAAUGUCCUUGGAAUUGAAACAAUCGAUCUAUUCCAUCUAUGGUCGAUUCCUUUCAACUCACUGGUCAAUGCUGUGCAUCAGAAGCCGGAAGACAUUGAGCAAAAGCUGCGUACGAAGUUCCCGGAAGUGUUCCAGAGCACACUUGGCCGGUGUACCAAGGCAAAAGUUAAACUCUACCUGAAGCCCAACGUCUGUCCCGUGUACUGUCCCAAGAGACCAGUUGCAUAUGCUGCUCUUCCCAAGGUGGAUGCCGAACUUCAACGUCUUCAGGACAAGGGAAUUAUCUCACCAGUGAAGUUUUCCGACUGGGCAACUCCAAUAGUAAUGGUCCAAUCAGAUGCCCAUCCGCUACCACAUCCAGAUGAUAUUUUUGCUGAUCUAGCUGGCUGCCGUUAUUUCUCCCAACUCGAUUUUUCUGAUGCGUACCUGCAAGUCGAGAUUGAAGAGGAAUCACAAAAGUAUCUGACGAUAAACACUCAUCGAGGACUGUUCAAAUACAACCGUCUGCCGCCUGGAAUCAAGUCCGCUCCUGGUGCCUUCCAAAGGAUUAUUGACAGUAUGGUCGCUAGUAUUCCUGGAGUAAAACCGUAUCUAGACGAUAUCAUGAUUUCUGGUAAGACAAAAGAAGAACACAAUCGAAGCCUUCAUGAGGUCCUGGAGCGGAUCAAAACGUACGGUUUUCAUCUGAAGAUCGAAAAAUGUCGAUUUGGUCUAUCACAAAUUAAGUUCCUAGGCCAUAUCAUCGACAAAGACGGCUUACGACCUGAUCCCGCGAAGACAACCGCAAUUUCGCAAAUGCCAGCUCCAACCAACGUAUCACAGCUUCGAUCGUAUCUUGGAGCUAUACAUUAUUAUGGGCGUUUUGUCAAGCAGAUGAAAGAGCUAAGAGCACCUAUGGAUUAUUUACUGAAACAAAACGUGAAAUGGGAAUGGACUGCGAACUGUCAGAAGUCGUUCGACAAGUUCAAAAUGCUGCUCACUUCCGACUUGUUGCUGACACAUUUUGACCCGAACAAAGAAAUCAUCGUCGCAGGUGAUGCAUCCAAAAAUGGCUUGGGCGCUGUUAUUAUGCAUCGUUUUCCGAAUAGAUCAGUGAAGGCUAUUUCGCACAUUUCAAGAUCUCUAACUCCUGCGGAGCAAAAUUACGGCCAGAUAGAAAAAGAAGCUUUGGCACUGGUUUUUGCUGUAACACGGUUUCAUAAGAUGGUUUUCGGCCGGAAGUUUACCUUGCAGACUGAUCACCAACCACUUCUUAAGGUGUUCGGGAGCAAAAAAGAAAUUCCGGUAUACACGGCUAACCGGCUUCAACGCUGGGCGCUUACGUUAAUGCUGUACGAUUUUGACAUCCAGUUUGUGCGCACUGAAGACUUUGGACACGCUGACCUCCUUUCACGACUAAUGAAAUGCCAUUCAACAACUGAUGAAGAGUAUGUCAUUGCUUCUGUCCAAAUGGAAGCCGAUGUCAACACCGUUCUCAGUGAUUCUACUUCAAGUCUACCUGUGACGUCUGAAAUGAUCGCUACUGAAACAUCGAAAGAUCCUGUUCUCCAGUCGGUGGUGUUCCAUAUCAAUGAAGGACGGCCCAAUCAUUCCAAAGCAAUUAAUGAUCCAGUUGUCCAAAAAUUCUUUAUCCGCCGAGACAGUCUGCUGAUCGUCCAAGGUUGCAUCAUGCUCGGCGAUAGAGUUGUUGUGCCAAACCGCUUUCGCAAACGCAUUCUUCAGCAACUACAUCGAGGCCAUCCGGGGAUGGAGCGAAUGAAAUCCCUAGCAAGAAGUUUCGUGUACUGGCCUAACAUCGAUGAUGCCGUCGAAAAAUAUGUUCGAUGCUGCAGACCCUGUGCUGAAGCUGCUAAAUCACCACGCAAGACGGACCUGGAGUCGUGGCCCAUUCCAUCGAAGCCGUGGGAACGAGUCCAUAUCGAUUAUGCUGGCCCGAUUAAUGGAUACUACUACUUUCUGGUAAUUGACGCAUAUUCAAAAUGGUCAGAAAUCUACCGCACUCGGAGCACAAACACAACGAAAACGUUGGAAAUGCUAGACGAGAUUUUUUCAAGAUUCGACUAUCCAAAAAUUCUGGUUUCGGAUAAUGGCUCGCAAUUUGUUAGCGCCCGAUUCAAGCAAUUCUGUGAUGAAGCUGGAAUCACCCACUUAACAAUUGCGCCCUACCAUCCACAGUCUAAUGGACAGGCUGAGCGCUUUGUGGACACUUUGAAAAGAGGACUCAAGAAGUUACGAGAGGGAGGAAAUCCAGCAACUUUCCGACAUCUUAAAACUUUCCUUUCCGUUUACCGGUCCACACCCAAUCGAAGUGCUCGUGAUCAUAAGUCACCUGCAGAACUUUUUCUAGGUAGACCCCUCACUACUACACUGGAUCUUCUUAAGCCCCGAAAAUCAAGCACACCAGCUGUAAACAGUAAGCAGAAUAAUCAGUUCAAUCAACGCCAUGGUACCGUCAAGAGAGAGUUCUCCGCUGAUGAUUUAGUGUACGCAGAGGUUCAUCAUCACAAUCAAACCUCAUGGGUUCCUGGCAAGGUGAUUGAGAGAAAAGGCUCCGUCAUGUAUGCUGUACUUCUGGACACCGGUCGUCUCAUCCGUUCUCAUACGAAUCAGCUACGACAGCGUCAUCUAGAAUCCAUUAGUGAAGCUACUGAAUCAAAUUUACCAUGGACCGUGCUGCUUGAGGAAUUUGGAAUGCAAAAUCUGUGUACUCCAUGUUCGGAUGAAACUGCCGAUCCUGAUUCCAAAGAAACUCAACAACCGCCUGAAAUGCUGCCAGAAGUAGCACACCCAAUUAAACAAUUGCCUGAAGUAUUGCACCCUGCCGAACCAACAUUGGACCAAGAAAAGGUUCUAGCACCAGAAGUCGUUGUUGAAGGCAUCAAUCCGCAGUGCUCCAAUCAACCCGUUCGUAACCGAAGGCUUCCGGCAUGGCUCGGAUCCUACGAUCUCUUUUAA